AUGGAUCAAGAGGAUGCGCCCCAAAGUGAAGUCGAAGGAGGAGUAGCAGAAGAAAUCAAAGAAGAGGAAUAUGCUGAAGAAGUAGAAGCAGAACAAGAUGAAAUAGAAGAAGAUGAAGAAGAUGAAGUAGAUGAAGAUGAAGGAGAAGAAGCAGAAGGAGAUGAAGUAGAUGAAGAUGAAGGAGAAGAAGCAGAAGGAGAUGAAGUAGAUGAAGAUGAAGGAGAAGAAGCAGAAGGAGAUGAAGUAGAUGAAGAUGAAGAAGAUGAAGAUGAAGGGGAAGAAGAUGAAGAUGAAGCCCCAAACACGAUGAAAGUUAAAAAUAAUGCGAAUGAAAUGUUCUUUGACGUAAGCAACAAAUUUGAGGGCUUCGACAAUAUUCUGUUAGAUGUGAGAUUAAGAAAAGCAUUACUUUAUUUAUUUAAAUUCAAGCAUCCGACAAAAAUUCAAAAAAUUUCAAUUCCAAGUAUAUUAAAAGGUAAUGAUACAAUUUUAAAUGCAAAAACAGGGUCUGGGAAAACAAUGGCCUAUUUGAUUCCAGCAAUCCAGCGAUUGAUAAAAUUCAACAUCGAUGAAAAAGAACAUUUAAAAUUUUUUUAUAAAUGUAUAAUUAUAGCCCCAACAGACGAAUUGUGCUUACAAAUAUAUAAUGUGGGGAAUAAGUUAUGCUCAUACUUAAAGGGAAUGGUAACAAUUAACCAUAAUGUAAAUAAUAUUUUUUAUGAGCAUUCUACUAUACUUGUAAGUACUCCCAAAGAUUUAUGUAACUAUAUAUUAGAACAUAAAAAUAAAAAUAACCAAAAUAUUUUAUCAAAUUUAAAAAUAUUAAUUAUUGAUGAAGCAGAUGUAAUUCAUACAAAAGAAUUUCAAAAGCCAAUGAAUAUACUAACACGUAAUUAUUUACCAAAAAAUUUUUCAAAAAAAUAUCAAAUUGUUAUGGCUUCAGCUACUUUAAAAAAAAAUAUUAUCGAAAAAACUAAACUCUUUUUACAUAAUCCAAUUUAUUUAACUACUGAAGAGGAUAAAAAAAAAAGUAAGAAGCAUUCUAUUGAUAGCCAAAUUGUAGAAAGCUCUAAAAAAAGUCGAAACAAUAAUACUUUAAAUGAUGAAGGCGUAAUGCCUCAGGAAAAUGGUGAUGCUGAUGCAAUAAAUUUUAAAUUUGUUGGAAGAUCCUUUUAUUAUUUAUAUGAUGAGCAAUUAACAAAGUACAUUUAUCUAUAUUUAUUGAUAAAAAAUAAAAUAGUAAAAUAUAAAUCGAUAAUAUUUACGGCUUCUACAAGUGAAGCGUAUAAAAUAAAAAUAUUUUUAACAUACCUAAACAUUACAGCUUCUAUACUUAAUCCAAUCCAUCCUAUUUUAAUUAAGCAAAGUAUUAUUUUGGCCUUCAACAAUUCAAAAUUUUAUUUCUUAAUAUGCCCACAGUUUGAAAGAAACACGGUUCGCGCUUCCCCCAAGGAAUCAGUAAAUGAAGAUUUAUCUGAAGAUGACUCAACCGAGGAAGAAUUACCUGAUGAGGAAAUUGAGGACGAAUUAUUUGAAAAUGAGUCAGACAGAGAAGAGAUCAAUAAUGAGGAAAUUGAGGGCGAAUUAUCUGAAAAUGAGUCAAACAAAGAGGAGGUCAAUGAUGAGGAACUCAAGGAUGAGAUCCCUGAAAAUGAACCAAACAGAGAAGAAAUCAAUGAUGAGGAGGUCAAGGAUGAUAUGUCUGAUGAAGAAACCGUCAAAGAGGAAAAGGAGUGGGACAAAAUUAAUGACGAAAAUGAAAAAGAGAAAGACUUUUUAUACAAUAGAGGCUUAGAUUUUCGCAAUGUAAGUUGUGUUAUUAACUUUAGUAUGCCAUUAGAUAAAGAAACAUUUUUACAUAGAAUAGGAAGAACUUGCAGAUUAAAUACGAAAGGUAUAAGUAUAUCAUUUGUAGAUGAAAAUAAACAAUUUGAAAAAAAUAUUGUUAAAGAAAUUGAGGAUGAAAAUAUAUGCCAUAUGAAAAAAAAAAAUAUGAAAUUUAAUAAUAUUGAAGAUUGUAGAUAUAGAGUUGAAUCAACUUUGAUUAAAUGCACACCAAAAAAAAUAAAAUUACUUAUCCAAAAAGAAAUAUUAUAUCAUUCAUUAAAGUCCAAUGAAUUAAAGGAAUUUUUUAAUUCACAUGAAAAUGAAAAAAAACAAAUUAAUAAAAUUAUAAAACGUUUUAAUAAACAAAUUGUUUCACAAAAGUUUAUCAAAGAUAGGAACGCAAGUAUAUUCUUAAAAAAAUUGACCCCUAGCAAUACGACAAAAAAAAAUGGACGUAUUGGCAAAAGAAACAAAAAUAAUAACCGAGAUAUGGAACUUAUUGAAAAGAAAAAACAUGGAUUUGCCAUAACUCAAAAAGGUUAUGAAGACCAAUUAAAGAAAGAACCCAAUGAAGAAGUUACAGACCCUACUAAGUUGCCUGCUUUGUUUGGUAAACGACUAAGAAAUUAUAUGUACAUGAAAUAUAUAAAUAACAAAAAAAAAAGUACAGUUAACAACGAUGCGAAACAAAAUAGUUUUAACAGUAAAUACACGAAUCGUGAUAAAAAAGGCUUUAAAAAUAAUAAAUUUUCCAAAAAAAGGAAAUUCACAAAAACAAGAUAA